UCCACUGGAGCGGCACUCUAGACGCUGUUUUGACGGCAAGACGUCGUCUCUGGGCGGACGAGCGAUUGUGACAGCGGCGAAACGGUUAACAGUGUCAAACCCCUAGAGGAGUGUCGUUUAGUCAGUAAAUUGACUUUCUGACACUUUUUUUCUCACAACUUUUUUUCAGGGGGGCGUAUUUACACGUAAUAGUGGAUAUUUGUCAGCUACAUAGUGGCUAAAGAAUCAUUUGACAAACUUUUUUUUGUUAAAUAAUAAUUAUAAGGGAUUUUAAAAUGCGCUAAACGCUACAAGGAAGAUAAUUGGAGCAUCGCCAUGACAGAACCAGCGGAGCAGACCGACCACCUGAAAAGUUCGACCAACCCAUCAGGUGGGAGCAGCAGCGGCGGCGGCGGUUCCAAGCAUCUCCCAGCCGGCCACCGCGCUGCACCGCCGCACAACGGCGACAGAGGGCGCCAGAGGGGCGGCAAGCACCACCAAGAUGUCAACACCGUCAAGUUGAGGGGUGUGUGUCCCGGAAACGAGUCUCCCAACGCCGGGGACGCGCCGCCGGGAGGGCUUCACGUCGAUUCGGACACCGGUCUGGUGGUGGACAACCGCCUGGGAAGGAAGCGUCACCGGCGCCGCGCCGCCAAGAAGAAGCGCAACUGGAAACCCUACUACAAACUUUCCUGGGAGGAGCGGAAGGCGCUGGACGAGCGAGAAACCGCCCGGGCGUCCCGCCUGCGCGAGGAAAUGUUCGCCAAGGGGCUCCCGGUGGCUCCUUACAAUACCACCCAAUUCCUCAUGGACGAGCACGACCGUGAGGAGCCGGAUCUCAACACUGAAGCGUGGCGACCGGACGAUACGGGCAGCGAGGAGGACCUGUUCGAGCACGACGAUGAGGACGACGACGACGGGAGCGGUGGCGGCGGCGGAGGAGGCGGCGGCGGAGGCGGUGGAAGCAGCGACGGCAUCGGAAGGCCGGGCAACGCUGGCGGGGAGUUUCUCCAGCGGGACUUUUCCGAGACCUACGAGAUGUACCACGUCGAGAGCCUGCAGAACAUGACCAAGCAGGAGCUGGUCAGGGAGUACCUGGAGCUGGAGAAGUGUAUGUCCCGCCUGGAGGAGGAGAACAACCGAUUGAGGCGCGCAGCCGUGGAGCCCGGAGGUGGCGGAGGAGGAGGCGGCAUGAGCGUUGAGGAGCCUCUGGCGCGCCUCCGGGAGUUGGAGCGGGAGCUGGAGAGACUCAAGGCCCAGAAUACAGAGCUCCUGCUGAGGAGCCAACCCGCCACUGACAAUUAGGGACGCUUGGAGAAACAUCCGCAACAAGGUAAUAAAAACAAAAUGACUUUCUCCUAUAUGGACUUGAUAUGAUUCGGGGUUCAACGUUUGACCUGAGGUUCAAGGAAAACAAUACAAAGUAACUUUUUUUUCUUAGCUGGACUUUCCCCCUCCCACACAACAUUUGUCCCACGGAAAAAGUCAAUGCAGAAAAAAUGUUCUUAGUUAUUUUUUGGAUCAACGUCUGCUUGUCAAUGUAAUUAAAAUAAUUUUUGAGGGUCAAAACCAUACAAAAAAAAAAGAAAAUUUAAAAACGUGCUGGGCGAUAUGUUGAUAUAGAAUAUAUAUAGUGAGAUGCUGACACUUAGUAUUACAAAACAGGGUACAAAAGAUGUUAUAAAUCACCACUCAACACAAAAAUAUGGUACAUGAAUAAGAGUGAAUGAAAAAGAAUGAGGUCACUAAUUCAACAUUAACCCGCUAAAAAGACAAUAAAAA